CUUCGGUCACGUGGUUCGGCAUCAGCGGGGCCUGGAUCUCCCGGGUGCCAGGCCACGUGUGCUAGCUACUCCUUCCGAUUGGCUGUGCUGGACCAAUUUGAACGGCGUACGGAAGCCGCCUUGGCUCAUCCAAGGCCGCGUUUUCUUUCUUUUUUUUUUUAAUUCCCUCUCUUUGGCUCCCUCCUUCCGCGCGAGUCUCCUGAGAAGCCACAGCGCAAGGCCCCGCCGCUGCCGCCCCGGGCCUGCUCGCCUUGCGCCAUGGACUGGCAGCCAGAUGAGCAGGGCCUGCAGCAGGUCCUACAACUGCUCAAAGACUCGCAGUCACCCAACACAGCCACACAGCGUAUAGUGCAGGAUAAACUCAAACAGCUGAACCAGUUUCCUGACUUCAACAACUACCUGAUCUUCGUCCUGACCAGACUCAAGUCAGAAGAUGAGCCGACUCGCUCUCUCAGUGGUCUCAUCCUCAAGAACAACGUGAAGGCGCAUUACCAGAGCUUUCCACCGCCUGUGGCUGACUUCAUCAAACAGGAGUGUCUCAACAACAUCGGUGACGCCUCCUCUCUCAUCCGAGCCACCAUAGGCAUUCUCAUCACCACCAUCGCUUCCAAGGGUGAGCUGCAGAUGUGGCCUGAGCUGCUGCCCCAGCUGUGCAACUUGCUCAACUCAGAGGAUUACAACACGUGUGAGGGAGCCUUUGGAGCCCUGCAGAAGAUCUGUGAAGACUCGUCUGAGCUCCUGGAUAGUGAUGCUCUCAACAGGCCCCUCAACAUCAUGAUCCCCAAGUUCCUGCAGUUCUUUAAGCACUGCAGCCCCAAGAUCCGGUCCCAUGCCAUCGCCUGCGUGAACCAGUUCAUCAUGGACCGGGCGCAGGCGCUGAUGGACAAUAUUGACACCUUCAUCGAGCACCUCUUUGCCCUGGCUGUGGACGAUGACCCCGAGGUACGGAAGAAUGUAUGCCGCGCUCUGGUGAUGCUGCUGGAAGUGCGAAUCGACAGGCUUAUCCCCCACAUGCAUAGCAUUAUCCAGUACAUGCUGCAGAGGACCCAGGACCACGAUGAGAAUGUGGCCCUUGAGGCCUGUGAGUUCUGGCUGACGCUGGCCGAGCAGCCUAUCUGCAAGGAAGUUCUGGCCUCCCACCUUGUCCAGUUGAUCCCCAUCCUGGUAAAUGGGAUGAAGUACUCGGAAAUUGACAUCAUCCUGCUCAAGGGGGAUGUGGAGGAGGACGAGGCGGUCCCUGAUAGUGAGCAGGACAUUAAGCCACGCUUCCACAAGUCGCGCACAGUGACGCUACCCCAUGAGGCUGAGCGGCCUGACGGCUCUGAGGACGCAGAAGAUGAUGAUGAUGAUGAUGCUUUGUCCGACUGGAAUCUGAGGAAGUGCUCGGCAGCUGCACUGGACGUCUUGGCCAACGUCUUCCGGGAGGAACUACUGCCCCACCUCCUUCCUCUGCUCAAGGGCCUCCUCUUCCACCCUGAGUGGGUGGUCAAAGAGUCGGGCAUCUUGGUACUGGGCGCCAUCGCUGAGGGCUGUAUGCAGGGCAUGGUGCCCUACCUGCCCGAGCUGAUCCCGCAUCUCAUCCAGUGCCUGUCAGACAAGAAGGCCCUGGUCCGCUCCAUCGCCUGCUGGACACUGAGCCGCUACGCCCAUUGGGUGGUCAGCCAGCCACCCGACAUGCACCUCAAGCCUCUGAUGACGGAACUGCUCAAGCGCAUCCUGGAUGGCAACAAGAGGGUGCAGGAGGCAGCCUGCAGUGCCUUCGCCACCCUGGAGGAAGAGGCCUGCACGGAGCUGGUGCCCUACCUCAGCUAUAUUCUGGACACCCUUGUCUUUGCCUUUGGCAAGUACCAGCACAAGAACCUGCUCAUCCUCUAUGAUGCCAUUGGCACCCUGGCCGACUCUGUGGGUCACCACCUCAACCAGCCGGAAUACAUCCAGAAGCUGAUGCCUCCACUCAUUCAGAAGUGGAAUGAGCUCAAGGAUGAAGACAAGGACCUCUUCCCUCUGUUGGAGUGUCUGUCAUCCGUGGCCACUGCCCUGCAGAGCGGCUUCUUGCCCUACUGCGAGCCUGUCUACCAGCGCUGUGUCACCCUGGUGCAGAAGACGCUGGCCCAGGCCAUGAUGUACACUCAGCACCCUGAACAGUAUGAGGCCCCCGACAAGGACUUCAUGAUCGUGGCACUAGACCUGCUCAGCGGCCUGGCUGAGGGCCUGGGUGGCCAUGUGGAGCAGCUGGUGGCCCGCAGCAACAUCAUGACAUUGCUGUUCCAAUGCAUGCAGGACUCAAUGCCCGAGGUCCGGCAGAGCUCCUUUGCCCUCCUGGGAGAUCUCACCAAAGCCUGCUUCAUCCAUGUCAAGCCCUGUAUUGCUGAGUUCAUGCCCAUCUUGGGCACCAACCUGAACCCCGAGUUCAUCUCUGUCUGCAACAAUGCCACCUGGGCCAUUGGGGAGAUCUGCAUGCAGAUGGGGGCAGAGAUGCAGCCCUACGUGCAAAUGGUCCUCAACAACCUGGUGGAGAUCAUUAACCGGCCCAACACACCCAAGACACUGCUGGAAAACACAGGUCGCCUGACGAGUCCCUCUGCCAUUCCAGCCAUCACCAUCGGCCGCCUGGGCUACGUGUGCCCACAGGAGGUGGCACCCAUGCUGCAGCAGUUCAUCCGGCCUUGGUGCACGUCCCUCAGGAACAUCAGGGACAACGAGGAGAAGGACUCGGCCUUCCGAGGCAUCUGCAUGAUGAUAGGCGUCAACCCUGGGGGCGUUGUGCAGGACUUUAUUUUCUUCUGCGACGCUGUAGCCUCCUGGGUGAGCCCGAAGGAUGACCUUCGGGACAUGUUUUAUAAGAUUCUCCAUGGCUUCAAAGACCAGGUUGGGGAGGAGAACUGGCAGCAGUUCUCAGAGCAGUUCCCACCGCUGCUCAAGGAAAGGCUGGCUGCCUUCUACGGGGUCUAGAGGAGUGUAUCGACUGCCAGGUUUCUGUCUGCGUCGUCUUGGAGGGGAUGCUGGGGAUCGCACUGCGUCCAGAAGUCACUGUGCCCUGGUCGAGGGGGGUUAGGGAGGAGUGAGUGGGACCCAAAUCCAGACGCCUUCCCUGUCCAUGUACCUGCCUGUGUGGCCAGCCAGUGGCGGGCAGGUGGGUGGGGUCUCCAUGCUCAUCCUACAAAUGGGAGGGGGGUGGGACUUCUUGGUGGCAAGAGCCCCUUGCUCUAAGCAGGGUCACCUCAGGCAGCCCACUUGGGCCAGCCACAUGGGAGGGAAGAAUGAACAUGGCCAACCGAAUCUGGCAUAGGAUGAGGCAGGGGGAAAGCAGGCGGGGAGGGUGGGGUCCCUGUAGAGACAUAACUCAUGUACACAUGUGACCACACGCAUGUGCGGGCACUGCAGCCAACCAGGCCAGGCCAGCCGCCCCCCAUUCCCUCGACUGCAUGGAGACAGUAGAAUUAGUGAACCCCUGAGUUAACCCAUAAGGCCUUCCGUGUAACUUGCAUCUAGAGUUUAAGAAGCUUCUGCCGUUUUGCCAGAAUUGGCGGUGAUUGGGGAGGGCUGGGUGGGUUGGGGGCCUCCGCCAGGAGCCCGGGGCGGGGGGAAGAGGAUGGCCACGUUGGGGCUGCGCGGUCAGCAUGUGUACGCUUCGGACUUGCUCCGCAUACUUCCUGCCAGCUCUGUGGCAGCCUCAGCCAAUGUGUCCCUCUCCUUGUCCUGUCCCAGCCUGAAGAGUGGGGACCACUGGAGCAGCUGGGGCUGGCCAGAGGUCCCCCUUUCUCCCUAUCUUGUGCUCCAGUGACUUUUGAAGACACUGGGGUGGGGUUUUUUUUCUGGAAGAGAGCUGGGGUUGGUCACAGCUGCUGACACCUACUCCCUGUCUCUCUCCAUAAGCAAAUCCAUUUCAAGGGCGGGUCAUUUCUCUGUGCUUCUGAGAGUCCUCUUCAAGUUCCGGGCCCAAGUUCUAACACAAGGGCUGGGGCAUGUAAUUGAUGAUGAAAAGGGACUAAGGCUUAUACUUUGCCAGCAAGAAAGAAACUGAGGGCUUGGAGGAGGAGAAAGGUGGUGCCCUCCCCUGACAUCCUGAGCCCAAAGCCUUCCUGUUUAUCACAGCUCCCAGUGGGCCCUGAGACCCACUAGAUUGAGGCAGUGAUUCUAGGGACCCUUCUGGGAUUGGUGGGGAUGUAGUCACAGUGGGAGAGGCUCUCCUGGAACAGGAGCGAGUGUGGAUAUUUCCCAUUUGGAGACUCAAACCGGGCCCUGCAGCAUCCUUAAUGUUUUCCUUUUUCUGCUUUCUAUUUCUUUGGGGGCCCUUUUUGGGGGUUUGGAGGGUUUGACUGGAUUCCUGCAUCGUGGGUCCUGCUCCAUCCAUCCCACCGGGGCCCUGGACCCCACCUCCGUCAUAGCCCUGUGUCUCCUCAGACAGGGUGUGGCCCUGUGUCUAUUCCAAGGGGCACUUGGUGCACAUUCCGUAAACUCAGCUGGUUCCUCCCCUCCUUUGAAACUCCAGCAGGUCUCUGGAAGCCAUUUGUAA